AGCGUGAUCUAGAGAACGACUAGUCCGUGGAGUGUGGCAGGCGCGGAGAGGUUGGCUAGAUUUUCGCAAAGUGUAUUUUCAGUGUCAGGCAGGACGGCACGCACCUCCGCUUGGCAGCGUGCUGAAUUAAUCGCAACGUGUACGUGGGUGAUGAGAAGCGCACGUCGCAGUUAAAAAGCCGCGCCAGACCACGUGUGAAUACGCCGCGCACAGUCACGCACGGUGUGUGUUCGCUCGUUGCACUUUAGAAAAAAAUACGGCGCCUCGCAGAAAUGGCGGUGCCUAACACCGGUGUAGUCGUACCCCGAAACUUCCGUCUGUUGGAAGAGUUAGAGCAAGGCCAGAAAGGUGUAGGCGACGGCACGAUUAGUUGGGGCUUGGAGAAUGAUGAUGACAUGACCCUCACACAUUGGACUGGUAUGAUAAUUGGACCACCUAGGACACCAUAUGAAAAUAGAAUGUAUAGUUUGAAAAUUGACUGCGGUCAAAGAUAUCCAGAUGAUGCUCCUAAUGUAAGAUUUUUAAGCAGAAUCAAUAUGAAUUGCAUCAACAGUGCUACUGGAGCUGUGGAUAAUCGCAGUGUGCCAGUUCUUGCUAAGUGGCAACGAGAAUACACAAUUAAAACAGUUCUCCAGGAACUUCGUCGUUUGAUGACAUUAAAGGAGAACAUGAAACUUUCUCAGCCUCCGGAGGGCAGUACUUUUUAGCCUAACCGUAUGAACAGAGACAUCUUCCUUUUUGCAAUAGCAUGAAGCGAGAUCUAACAAGAAGGUACCAAAUAUUAAACAGGUGCCAGCUAAAGUUAUAUGUUUAAAAAGAAACAAAAAAAAGCUUUGUGAGAGAAAAGAGGUAAUAGCUUGGAAAGUUGAAUUGGGUGUAUUGAAUUUAUGCAUAGAAAAUUUAUGCAAUUAGAUAAAAAAAAAAAAAAAAAAAAUUUACGACAUAUUCAUCAAA